AUGGCAUCGAAUCGCCGCGACUUUCUCAGCCAGCCGGCCCCCGAGAACUACGUUGCCGGUCUCGGUCGCGGUGCGACAGGCUUCACGACGCGAUCCGAUCUCGGUCCUGCAAGAGAAGGUCCUAGUGAUGACCAGAUCAAGGAAGCUGUCGCCAAGCGCUCAGCACAGCUCGGAUUGACAGAGGCCAAGGACGAUGGCGGCGACGAUAAUGACCCUAGAUACCAGGAUCCAGACAACGAGGUUGGCCUUUUCGCAGGCGGCAUCUACGAGAAGGAUGACGAGGAGGCCGAUCGCAUCUGGCAAGAUGUCGACGAGAAGAUGGCUAAGCGCCGCCAGAAGCAAAGAGAAUCGCGCGAGAAAGCCGAACAAGAAGAUUACGAGCGCAAGAACCCCAAGAUCCAACAGCAAUUCGCAGAUCUCAAGAGAGCUCUCGGCACGGUGACCGACGAAGAAUGGGCGAAUCUACCAGAUGUCAAGGACCUGACGGGGCGGAAUAAGAGAGCGCGCGCGGCUCAGCACCAGCGCUUCUAUGCAGUUCCCGACAGCGUGCUUGCAGCAGCUCGCGACUCCUCCGAAUUCGGGACAACGGUUGCGGAGGACGGCGCCGCAUCUGCCCCUCAGGAUGGAGCCAUGACGAACUUUGCCAAGAUCGGUGCGGCCAGAGACAAGGUGUUACAAGCUCGCCUCGACCAGGCCUCACAGAGCAGCGGAACCAGCACGUCGGUGGGGACUGCCACAAGUGUUGAUCCGAAGGGCUACCUAACCUCUCUCGGGAAUGCGGGCAUCAACGAGCAGACCGCUGUCAGCGAUGUCGAGUUCGCUCGCAAGCUUCUCAAAUCGGCGGUCGAUUCCAACCCUACGAAUGCGCCCGGCUGGAUCGCAGCAGCGCGUGUGGAAGAGCUGGCUGGCAAGCUUGUUGCUGCCAGAACUAUCAUAGCCCGUGGCUGCAAGCACUGUCCCAAGAGCGAGGAUGUAUGGCUGGAAAACAUUCGCCUCAACGAUAACCGCAACGCCAAAAUUAUUGCUGCCGAAGCCAUCAAGGCGAAUCUGCGCUCCGUGCGACUCUGGGUCGAGGCGAUGAAGCUCGAGACCGACCCUCGGUCCAAGAAGAAAGUCAUCCGUCACGCGCUGGAUCACAUUCCCGAGUCAGAGGCACUUUGGAAAGAGGCGGUCAACCUGGAAGAGGACCCUGAGGACGCCCGUCUACUCCUGGCCAAAGCUACAGAGCUGAUCCCGGCAUCGAUCGACCUCUGGCUCGCCCUUGCGCGACUCGAAACGCCCAAGAACGCCAAAGCGGUGCUCAACAAGGCGAGAAAGGCUAUUCCAACAUCACACGAGAUUUGGAUUGCAGCCGCUCGAUUACAGGAGCAGCUGGCAGAGCUGAGCAAGGGCAACGUUAUGAAGAGCGCGGUUCAGGUCCUCGCCAAGGAGUCGGCGAUGCCCAAGCGAGAAGAAUGGAUAGCCGAGGCCGAGAAGUGCGAGGAAGAGGGCGCUGUCGUGACUUGCGGCAACAUCAUCCGGGAAACGCUUGGAUGGGGCUUGGACGAGGACGACGACCGCAAGGAUGUCUGGAUGGAGGAUGCGAAAUCGAGCAUCAACAGGGGCAAGUACGAAACCGCCAGGGCGAUAUAUGCCUACGCUCUCCGAGUGUUUGUCAACAGCAGAACACUAUGGCUUGCAGCGGUGGACCUCGAGAGGAAUCACGGCACAAAGGAGGGCCUGUGGCAGGUCUUGGAGAAGGCUGUCGAGGCCUGCCCUCACAGCGAAGUCCUGUGGAUGAUGUUGGCAAAGGAGAGGCUGUUGGCCGGGGAGCUCGACGAGGCGCGCCGUGUGUUGGGCCGUGCCUUCACCCAGAAUCCCAACAACGAGGAUAUCUGGCUGGCUGCUGUCAAGCUCGAGGCUGACAAUGGCUUCAUCGACCAGGCUAGGGAGCUACUCAAUACGGCACGGCAGAAUGCUCCUACGGACAGGGUAUGGAUGCGCAGCGUCGCGUUCGAGAGACAGCUGGACAACAAGGAAGCAGCACUGGAGCUCGUCCAGGAAGGCCUACAGAUAUUCCCGGGUGCAGCCAAGCUGUGGAUGAUGAAGGGGCAGAUCUACGAAGACAUGGGCAAGGUCCCACAGGCCCGGGAGGCGUACAGCACCGGCGUCAAGGCCGUGCCGGGCUCGGUCCCGCUCUGGCUCCUGUUCUCGCGGCUCGAGGAGCGCAGCGGCGCCAUCGUCAAGGCGCGCAGCGUGCUCGACCGCGCGCGGCAGGCGGUGCCCAAGUCGCCCGAGCUGUGGUGCGAGCUCAUCCGCGUGGAGCGGCGCGCCGGCAACGCGGCGCAGGCCAAGAACCUCAUGGCCACAGCGCUGCGGCAGAUGCCCAAGAGCGGCCUGCUCUGGAGCGAGCGCAUCUGGCACCUCGAGACGCGCACGCAGCGCAAGCCGCUCUCGCUCGAGGCCAUCAAGCAGGUCGACAACGAUCCCAUCCUCUUCGUGGCCGUCGCGCGCAUCUUCUGGGGCGAGCGCAAGCUCGAGCGCGCGCAGAACUGGUUCGAGAAGGCGCUCGUGCUCGACGCCGACAUUGGCGACUCGUGGGCGUGGUACUACAAGUUCCUGCUGCAGCACGGGACGGACGAGAAGAGGCAGGACGUCGUCAACAAGUGCGUGCUCAACGACCCGAGGCACGGUGAGCACUGGCAGGCCAUCGCGAAGGACCCCAGAAACGCGAGGAAGAGUGUGGAGGAGAUAUUGAAGCUCGUCACAGCGUCUCUGCCAAGCUAG